AUGGCCAAUCCGAAUGAAAAACACCUCCAUGAAGAAAGUAUUGCAGCGCAGGUCGCCCGCGGCAUCGAGCUAGCUAAGAAUAAUGUCAAUCUCGACGGCAUCCUACUGACAACCAAGGGCACCGAUGGAGAGCUUAGGUCGGAAUUGCUAAGUCAUUUUAUUAGCGAGGAAGGUCGGAAAUACGCGUUAAGGAUACCCUCAAACUACGACUUGGAGGCUAUUCAACGCUGGUAUGCGCAGCACGUUGAGGUGGAAUGGCGAGCAAACAUGACCUUAGUUAUGGCUGGUGAUCUGGUCUCAAUUCGUAAGCCGGAAGAAUUUCGCAUUCUCCUGGCCAGGAUUGAGCGUGGAAAAGUCAAGCUGCUCGAGGACGAACAAGGUAGCGGAUUGCCCGUGCUACAUAUCAUGAACUCCGAACCGGCUCGCCAGCAAAAUGCCCCAGGGAUAGGACAAGCUGGUAAAGAGAAGGCCACAGACAAGACCGCAGACAAGACCGCAGACAAGGCCGCAGACAAGGCGCCAACGAUACCAGCGAAGGGAAAGGAGACGGCCCCAGGCAACGUACCUAUAACACCCGCAAAGGGAACGGGGACGGCCCCAGGCAACGUACCGAUAACACCCGCAAAGGGAACGGGGACGCCCUCAGGCAACGUACCAAUGACACCCUCGAAGCGCAACCGCGAUGAGAACUCGAAUCUUGAUGAUUCUGCUGAUCCUGCUAUACCAGGGAAGGCCGCGUCAAAGACGCCGAGACGUGAGGGCUCCACCGGACGCAGGCCUAGAACUGGCAACGACCGACCCGAAACGCCCAAAAAGAACGAUAAAGGAAAGGAAGUUGCGCGCCAUCCCGCAAGCGACAGUGAAAAAGACUCGGACCCAGACGAUAGCGAAACAGACGUCAAACUUCCUGAUAACAGCGUUAUCAUUGACGCGAUGAUUGACAAAAUCGACUACAAGUUCUCCUGGGAGAAUAUUUGCAACUUUUUCCAGUGCGAAAAAGCCACUUUGGAAUUGAAAAUCCCGGGCCUUCUACGACCCGUCAAAGACCACCAGCUUGUUGCAAUAUGGGCCAUGCUCACUCAAGUGACAAGGACAAAGCUUUCCACUUUCCUCCUUGGUGAUGCCCCCGGCGUAGGAAAAUCUCUAGAAGUUAUUGCAACAUUCGUUAUCUUUCAUCAAAUAAAGAGCAGGUGGGCCCAGGUUGUUGCGGACCGAACUGCUAAACGUGGUAACCACCUACCUUGGAAGGGUCAGGACGACGAGUCGUUUUGUCCAUCUCAAAACCCUUUCUGUUUUCGCUGUCCGUGCAUCAAUAGCAGCGAUUCCGGUCGGAUUGCCAGAAGCCUUCCUUAUCUUCCUACAAUAGUUGUUGCCGAAGCUGGUGUUAUACCGGUUUGGGCGAGUGAGCUCGAGAGUCAUCUUGACCACGACUUUCAAGUAGAAGGAGUGCCUUCAAUCACUGCCACUAUCGAUCACAAUCAAUAUGCACAAAUGUGGCCACAGUACAGCAGGCCCCAGUUUAUCGCAGAAUCAAAAGCCAGCGUCAUCGAAGUUCAACGCGAAGGCACAAAAACCAGGCCAGUCUUUAAGCACAAGAUACAAGGGAGAUCCGGACUGACCAGGAAUAUUAUUGUGGUGUCUAGAAACUCGCUUAACAGAUUUUGCCAACGAUUUACGGAGAAACGGGUACAUCAAGAAGCAGGCAUUUCAAAGAGGAACGCAACGUACGAUGCGCUUUGCCUCGGUGCAAGCUUCAUCUUCUUUGAUGAGGUUCAUAGAUACUCGGGAGCGAGGCAACCCAAGCCGGGCAAAGGCGCAAAAUCUGGUGCUAGAUCUAAACAAGCGGUCGGAGAACGUUCCGAGACUUUGAAGUUUAUGGAGAGGUUGAGGAAGAUUUCGACGCGGCCACUGAUGGCGGUAGCCGUAUCUGGCAGCAUUCUGGACGAUGGGCCUCCUCUCUGGUGCCGAUUUCUGGAACACGCCAUAUAUCAAGCAUCAUCUCUCGAUUGGAGUUUCAACCUGGGAAACAUCAAGACAGUAGAUGAACUCCUAGAACUCGAGAAAGACUGGCGGUUCCUGGAAGCUAAUUACCCCGACGCUGAUGCUGCUGAUACAGAAAAAUUAAACGAUAUCAACAAGCGGAUUGAGGUUGGCAAGAAAGCCUACCCUAAUCUGCUACAUGCUAUAAUGAUAGCUCGUAAGAAGGAAGACCAUUUCAACGGGCAUCCAAUUGUGGACCUUCCACCCUUGCAAUACGAAGAGAUUGUGCUGCCAACACCCGCAGGCGCACAUUUGAACGCAUUGAAGCGAUUAACCGUAGAGGUGAAAACCUGGAUCUUGAAACAGCUCAGAAAGGAAAGAAACAAAUGGAUCCAAGAUGGAAAGAAAACAGCGGAGCCUACCAUCGAGACCGUGUCGGCGAAACAUUUGGGCCAGGCUGCGCGUAAAGGACUGGGAGAAGAUAACCGACCAUAUCUGACGAUACAACGAGCCAUGUCAUUCCCAGCCCUUGCUCGCAUCAUUACAGAACACAGUAUAAAACCAGAGGCAUUGGCAUCAGAGGAGAUAAAUAAGAUUGCUUUUGAAAUUACAAAGUUACUGUGUGCGAGGGCCCCGAAACACAACAUUCUCGCUGUCCUACAGAAUUGCUUUCUCUGGAAAUAUAGCUCAGAGCUCAAAAAGUCUUUGAAAUACAAAAAGAUAUGUCAGAUAUUCAACGAAGUCAUCGAAGCCGGAAACCAAGAUUUUGAGAAAAUUGAGCAUUCGUUGCUCUUCAUGGACGGGCCCCUUCCAGCUUUUGUUGCCUUCAUGCUACUUUUCCCAACAUACUGCGAUAAGAUUGACUUCUAUUAUUUCCACGCCAAGUUGCCACAAGGCGCCGCCGGUACGGGACGCAGCGCAAAGUCCAAUCACUGCAGAAAUUGGUGCAUGAAGGAAAUCAACAAGCCUUCUGAGCCGGGAAGCAAACCUCGAGUUUUACUAUUGACCUAUGUGCUGGGCGCUGUCGGACUCAAUCUCCAAGGUGCAAACAGGGUUAUUCUCUGUGAGACCCCUCCAAGGACAGCCGAUUUUGACCAGGCUAUCGGCCGGGUCCAACGGAUGGGCCAGGCAAAGGAACCGAAAGUUGUGUAUCUUACGGACACCAAAAACAUCUUUGAGUUACAAAGACGGAUCAGGAUCAGGACCAAGAAAGCACUGCGGGAUAUGCCAGAAUAUAGGGAGGCAAGGAUUGAGUUCAACGACUUCGUGAACAGACCAGAAGAUAAAGACGAGGAAAUGGUCGACAUCGACUCCUUGCAAGGAAAUGUCUCAGGCCAGGACGACUCGGGAGCGGAUGGCGAUGAUGAUCUCAGCACCCCACGCCAAUCAAACCAAAUGCCUGAUGCUGGAGACCCGACUAGCUCUUCAUCGCAAAGACCUUCAGCUCCGGGAUCAAGACCCAGUUCGCGCCAGGAAACGCCAAUCGGAUCACGAUUGCUGUUAAUGACGCAGGCCCGUGGCUUGAGAAACCAAUCUUCCAACAGCAACCUGUCAUCUCCAAUUACCGGACCAGGGCGCAGUCCGGUUUCCCAGAACCUUGGCUCUCAAAACUCAGCUCAGUUUGGUGAAGGUUCCGAGAAUAUCCCGUCUUUACCAUUGACUACCAGUGCGUCUGGCCAAGAUGGUCCACAAGCAGCUCAAGGCCCUUCAACAGUCCCUGAGCGGGCGCGAGCUUCAAGACCAGGGGGUGUUGCAGGCAAUUCCCAGGCUGGGUCCAGUAGAGACACAAGGCCACCUCCGGGAACGACUUUUAGGUCAGGAACUAUUGAGGAACCUAUUGAUCUCUUGAUGUCAGAUCUUUCAGACUUCCUACAAUCAGAUAGCGACGGUGACGAGAGUUAA